AUGGCUGAAGAUCUCCAUGAUAGUCCGAGUCCUAUCGAUUCGGCAGAGGCCUCGACCACACGGUCAGGUCCCCGCAGACUCCCGAAGAAGCGGACCAAGACUGGUUGUUUAACUUGUCGAAAACGUCGUAUUAAGUGCGGCGAAGAGAAGCCGAUAUGCAGCAACUGCGUCAAGUCAAAGCGAAUCUGCGAGGGCUAUGCCCAGCGCGUUGUGUUCAAGAACCCCAUCGGUAUUUUUGGGUCUUUUGGUCCGCCACAUGGUCAGGAUUCGCAAAUGCCACAGCAGCAUAUAGGGAUGCCCAUGUAUAGUGAUUAUGGCUCGCAACUCCCGCCUCAGCAGGCCGCUGCCGCCGCUCAGCAUCCAAUGCUUGCCCCGCGACCUGUUGAUCCGGCUACAUUGGGUUACAACUCGUUCCCGCCACAGAUGCCACCGCCAGAUAGGACUCAACCGGGAAACGCUCCUCCGUUCUACUAUCCACCGGGUCCAAUGCCAGCAGAAGCGCCAACUCAUAUGUGGCAGCUCGGGCAAUUGGGUCAUACAGAGGGCAUGCCGAUCCCACAAGCUAGCACCGACUACUCACAGACACAGCAGCCAGUUCAGUUGGGUCCCUCGAAUACUUCGCAGACACCACAGACAAGCAUACAAUAUCCGCCUCCGAUCACUAGUCCGAUCGGCCAGACGGCUGAAGAAUAUGCCUCCAACCUGUCCCCUGUUCCGGCGCUUAAUGCUUCACUGGAAAGAAAUCCGGACCUACCAACGCAGAUUACUCAACCGCUACCGACAAUAUACCAUUAUCAACCACCACCCUGGCAAAUGGCACCGCAAUCGGGUUCUCUUGAGCAGUAUAUUCCCCAACAGCCGCAGAUCAUAUAUAUGGAAGAUGAAACCGAAGAUUACUAUGAUGUGGAUUCGGAUGAUGAGAUGGACGAUCAAUCGCGGGCCGAAGGCUUCAACCAGCUGAGUCUCAUCAUGGCAUCUGCCAACCGCGACGAACAACAACUUCGCUCCUUCACAACGUAUUUAAACGAGCCUAACAUUCUCGCCUCAUACCGACCCUCUUAUGGUUCAUCUCCUUUGAACAACCCCAAAACAGCCCGCAUAUUCGCCCACUUCAUUCAUUCGACCGGCCCCUCGUUAUCAAUCUUCGAACGCCAUCCUACCGACUCUUCAAUUGUCCUAGGAGCUGCAGUGCCGACUGCAAGACAAGGAUUGUGGACCUACACGCUUGCUCUCAAGGCCUUGGAUCACCCUGCACUGCUGCAGUCAAUUUUGGCAGUCAGUAGUCUGCAUAUCGCAAACUUGCAGCAUACUCCUGCGACAGUAUCCCUGAAACACUACCAUUACGCAUUAAAGCGAAUUGGUUAUGCAGUCGGCCUUCCCCAUCGACGCAAACAAAUCGGUACCCUAGCUGCCACCCUGCUACUUGGUUACUAUGAGGUGAUCUCAGCUGACCACUCCGGAUGGAACAACCAUAUUGCUGGAUCGGCCCAGCUAAUUCGAGAGGUCGACUUUGCAACGACAACCAAAGAUCUUCGAGCUCAUCGGCGAAGGUUACACGAGCAGCGACGUGAGUCGGACUGGUCGAAUUCGUGGUGGGGGAUGUCUGGUGAUGUGUCCGAGGAUGACCCCUUCGAGGAGAAAGAAGGCAACAUAGACGAAGACCUCAUUGGAACCCUGAUGGGUCGCGCGAUCAACUAUGACCAGUUCGGGGUUAUUGAUGAGGGCAACACAACACCAUCAAAAAAGUACUUUUCUCGCAAGGAUAUUGAGGUCUUCCGAAUCCAGUGCGAUCUAUACUGGUGGUUCUUCAAACAUGACGCGUUCCAGAGCUUCAUUGGCGGGAACAAACUACUGAUGCCCUUUUCUCAACGCGGUCAGUGUCCGCCUCGAGCGGGUGUCGGUCGAUUAGAUGCCAUCUAUGGUUCGGCAGAUCAUUUGUGGAUGCUUCUCGCUCGAGUGACGGACUAUGGAUUGCGUGACCGGAAACGAAAGCUAAAAUUAUCCAAGGCAGGUGGGAAGGACUGGAGACCUGGUCCUGAGCUGUUCAAGUUCAUGGGUCGCUUUGCUGGUGGUCCUCCUGGAAAAAGACCAGGGCCUCCUGGUGGUCCAGGUCCAGGUCCAGGCUCGGGAGGUCCAGGGGGUCCAGGGGGUCCACCUGGUGCCCCUCCAUCUGGCCCCCAUGGGCCCCCCGGUCCCCCUGGGAUGCCACCUGGGGGUCCGGGCGGCCAGCCGACGGGGGAACCUGCUGGGCAGUCACCGCCAUCUGCUGACAGUCCUCCCAUGUAUGGGAUGGUCCCCCCUCAGCCCCCAGCUCAACUUCCGUCUGCAUUCCAGGAUAGACCGCGUGAGCCGCGGGCGUCACCUGACGCGGAAGACCAAAUUGAGGUAAGUUACAUGGAUGCAGAGCAGGAAUGGGAGGAGAUCUUGGCUGCUAUGGAGAUAUUUGCCCAUGCGCUGGGUCGUGACUUUCAGCCUCUGCCAGCGGAUGUCACACUUCCAAUCGCGACCCCCUUCGGGCCUGCUCUUCAAUAUCGCACGCAUACCAUCGCCGUCAUCUGGGGAUUCUACUAUGCAGUACGGCUUUUGCUAAACCGGCUCCACCCUUGUAUGCCGCCGGCCAUCAUGAUGGCAGCCGGGGUGGCAGCGCCAACGACAGCUGAGUUGGCGCAAACCAUUGGAAGGGUUUUCUCGGGUAUUUACUACCCGCAGCGCCAUAGUCUCGAAGCGGGCAGCCUCAAUCCCAAUUUGGGUUCGUCAUUGACAGAAAUGACGGUUCCGCUUUUCUUUGCGGCUGUACAAUAUACCGAUGCUAAUCAGCGGGCUUGGACAAUUUCGAAACUCCGAGAUAUCUCUCGUCUGACAGGAUGGAAGUCUUCCGAAGCUAUCGCCGGUGGCUGUGAAAAGGCAUGGACUGUGGCUGCCAAACAAGGUCGAGGCCCGCCUUAUCAACGGUCCUUCCAGACUGCACGAGAGCGGGAGCUUCAACAAGAGGAGGCUGUGCUUGAAAUGAGUGACGAUCGGCGGUUUGUGACGGUGAAGAAAGAUCGAUCUCAUUGGGCGAUGGGGAUUCUAGAGGAGGACAUAGCCAAUUUGGAAGUUCUCAUCAGCUCUCUCUUCUUCUCACUCUAUCUGUCUCAUACUCUUUCGCUUCCCCCUAGAACACUGGAUUCGCGAGACCGCCACGACCGCUACUCACGAGGUCCAGCUGUGGUUGACCGACCCCGCCAUGCCGAAGAACGCUUCGAGUCCCGGCUCCGCGACGAAGACAGAUACGGACCCCCUGCACGCGCCCCAGGACGCAUCUACGAGGAUGAAUAUCUAGACCAGCCGGUCCCUGCAGGCCCUCUUGUGGCGCCUGAUCGGCGCCGACGCCGUGACGAGAGCCCCGCCUUUGAACGGCCUCGUCUACUUAGGCGACAGUCGUCGCUGGACACUUUUGAUCGCAUCCCCCGGCGCAAGAUGGAGACUCUCGACCUCCGAGAUCGUGCCCCUCGCAUGCCCCGCGUCCCUGCUGCGCCUCGUCGCCACUUCUCCCCUGGUCACUAUCGGGAGCGCGAGGUUUAUGAAGAUAUUAGGAUCGCUGAGCCCGAUUACUAUGGCGAUGAAGAGUUUAGGGAUGUGAAAGAGAGAGACAUGGUUGACCAUCGUCGCCGCUCGAGCAGCAAUGCUCAUAGACAUCGCGAGGAGAAGCCUUAUCCACGCAAAGGAAAGACUCGUGUUCCUCGUCACCUUGUCCAUGUCCAUGCCAUCUUGGACCUAGGCUAUCCAUACAAAGAAGAGGAUGAUGUGAUCGUGAUUCAGAAAGCCCUGUCGAAAGCACAGAUCGACGAGGUGAUCAUGUUGAGCCGCGAGUUCAGAAGACCCCCCAGCCCGGUGGAGAGUGAGUGCAAUGACCUAUCUCAUCUUCUAAGUGCCGGUUCUAACCUGCGAGGUCGAGCAGCUGAAUAUCUGUCCCCCAUCCGUCCCCGCGAGCGUGUCGCGACGGAAUACCUGCAAGUCGAGUCAUCAUCUUCUCCGCGCUCGAGUCGUGACGCAUUUAUUGUUGAAGCCACCCCUUCACGACAUAGGUCCCACUCUCGCCAUCACCAUGAUCACUAUGAGGAGAUUGUGGAACGACCAAGAGUGCAGGGGAUCUCCCGACCUCGCUCAGUAUCUGUGCAUGCACACCACCCCGUACAAUACAUUGAGCAGCGCGAAUCUGAUACUUCUCGCACGGGCCAGAUGGUUCUUGUCCGGCCACGGGACAGUGAUCAUGGUGUUAACGACUAUAUCCGUCAACUUGAGGAGGAGACAAGACUUCUUCGUCUGGAGAGAGAGAGCGGUGGCAUUGAGAUUACUCGCCAACGCGAUACCGAAAUCAUUGAUAACAGAGGCAAUGAGGAGGAGGUUACGGAGGUUCGGAGACAGGAGCGGAAAGAGCCUAACUCUCGCAUCAUGCGCGCUAUGAUGGCUUCACUUACUUGA